AUGGAGGUUACAGCGCUCUGCUUCAGACUGUAUGCAGCUUUACGGAUAGUUCCUGACAGGCUGCAGUUCUUUGAAUACGAGUCUGUCUCUUUUCACUGUGAGGGUCUCUCUGGCUCCACUCUGAGAGGCACCAGGGUUAAUAAGGAAUUAAUUACCAAAUUCCCUAUUGAUAUUAAGAGGACGCCAACACUGACCGGCACCAUUCAACAGGCCUAUGAAUCAGAUAGUGGAGUAUACUGGUGUGAGAAUGAAAGAGGAGAGAAAAGCAAUACUGUCAACAUCACUAUCACAACUGGUUCUGUGAUCCUGGACAGUCCUGCUCUUCCUGUGAAGGAGGGAGACAAUGUGACUCUGCGCUGCAGAAGCAAGACAAAUUCCAUCGACUUCACAGCCGAUUUUUUCAAAGGUGGUUCCCGCAAAAGUGAUUCUUCCAGAGAGAUGCCCAUUAACAAUGUUUCCAAGUCUGAUGAAGGCCUCUACAACUGCAGCAUCUCUGGCUUUGGAUCAUCACCAGGAAGCUGGCUGGCUGUUAGAGCAAAUAGUGUUUCUAUCAUCUCUCUGACCCCUCAUGAAGAGAAGCAUCCUCUGCACCAUCGCUCCCCUCAUGUCUUCGUCCCGCUGUGGGUCGGCGUCACUAUUUUAACGGUGGCUCUGCUGCUGGGACUCCUUCAUGUUAGGAGACACAGAGUCUGUGGAGAGAACGUUGCAGACGAUCCAGACGGUGUGACAUAUGCAGUUGUCGUCACAAAACCGAGACAGAACAAAGACGCUGCAGACGCUGAUGAUGAUCUUAGCCUCGGCCUCGGGUCAAACCACAGCAGAGAGCCACAGGCAGAAAAAGGCCACAACGAGCAGAGACACCUGACUGAAGAUUACUCUGUUGAAGUUCAUCUGGAUGAUCUGGACAGUCAGUACAGCUUUAAGGAGACAUAA